AAACUGAUAUUUCUAAUGGAGGAAGAAGCUUCGGUUGCAGCCAAUCUUCUUGAUCUUACUCUUCGACCGUUCGAACUCACCGACGUGGACGAUUUCAUGGUUUGGGCAACAGAUGAUCGGGUAACCCGAUUUUGCUCAUGGGACACGUAUACUUCAAUAGAAUCCGCCGUCAAAUGCAUAACGGAGAACAUCUUGCCCCAUCCCUGGAUUCGAGCUAUAUGCUUGAAAAACCGUCCGGUCGGAUCUAUCUCAGUAACACCAAACAAGGAAGACAAAUUCCGGGGAGAGAUUGGGUAUACGUUGGCGGCAGAUUAUUGGGGGAGAGGGAUUGCGACGGCGGCGGUGAAGAUGGCAGUCAAGAUAGUUUUCCGGGAAUGGGUCUGGUUGGAGAGAUUGGAAGCUUUGGUGGAUGUGGAGAAUUGGGGAUCUCAAAGGGUCUUGGAAAAGUCUGGGUUUGAGAAAGAAGGGGUUUUGAGAAAGUUUUAUUUGCAUAAAGGGAAAUUGAAGGAUAUGGUUAUGUUCAGUCUUCUCCGUUCAUAAGAUUAUGAACUAUUUUUAUUUUCCCUAUUUGAUUGUAAUUUCUAUUAUCUAUGUUGUUGGGUUAAUACCAAUUUAUAAUUCCUAUGCUAAAUGCUAAUAAUGUCAUUUGUAAUAUGUUAACUUGUUUUGAUUGUAUGCUCUAUGUUUGUACUGA